AUGUCCGCGUCACCCACUCAACCCUCAAACUCGGCCAAGCGCCCUCUUGAGGAGACUUCUUCUCCCUCGCGCAGCAACGACCAGCCGGACGCGAAACGGCCUGCCUUGGACAAGAUUCUGAAGAGCGAUGAGGAGAUCGAGAUGGCCCAGCCCAUUGACGGGCUCGAUGCCGGUAUCGAAACACCGAGCGCAAACGGCGCUGAAAAGACAAACGGCGAGAAGGCCAAGUCUGAUCAGGCUGACUCCGAGAGCACCGAGACGAAGCCCAUCCAAAGCUCUGUCGCUGGCGCUGUUCCUGCGACUCCCUCCGCCUCCGCGAGUCACGAUGAGCGAGACUGGAUCCACAUUCGCGCUGUUAUUUCCAGCCCGGAAGCUGCCACCGUCAUCGGAAAGGGCGGAGAGAACGUCUCCAACAUUCGCAAGAUGUCGGGUGCCAAGUGCACUGUCAGCGACUACCAGAAGGGAGCCGUCGAGCGCAUCUUGACCGUCAGCGGUGUCGUCGAUGCUGCUGCAAAGGCCUUCGGUUUGAUUAUCCGCACCCUAAACAACGAGCCGCUAGCUGAGCCAUCCAGCGCCCAGUCAAAGACGUACCCUCUUCGUUUGCUCAUUCCGCAUAUCUUGAUUGGUUCCAUUAUUGGAAAGGGUGGUGCGCGAAUCCGUGAGAUUCAAGAGGCCUCUGGAGCUAGGCUUAACGCUUCUGACUCUUGCUUGCCUCUCUCCACCGAGCGCUCUCUGGUGGUCAUGGGUGUUGCUGAUGCUGUUCACAUCGCGACUUACUAUGUCGGUAGCACUCUCCUGGAGCAGUUGAACGACCGUUUCGGUGGUCCAGCCGCGUCCGCGUACGCCACGCGAAGUGGAGGACCUGCCGGCAUUGUUCCUGGCGGUAUGCAGGUCGUCCCGUACUGCCCGCAGCCGACCACCGGCAACUACGGUAACCGUGAAAACUACAACCGGAGACACGAUGCCCGCGCUCAGCACCAUCUUCCUGCCGCUCCCUACGCGCAGCCUUACCCAGGCCACCACGCCGCUCAGCCGAACCCAGCCAUGCCCAUCCACUACGGUGCGGCGCAAGCCGGCGGCUACGGCGCCGCUGCCCCUAUGCAGCCUCACGCUGGCGCCGCUGUUCCUCAGCCUCACGGCGCUCACCCGGCUCAGCCUAUGCACGGCGGAGCUAUGCCCGGCGCUCCCCUGACCCAGCAGAUCUACAUCCCCAACGACAUGGUCGGUGCCAUCAUCGGCAAGGGAGGUCAGAAGAUCAACGAAAUACGCCAGAUCAGCGGCAGUGUCAUUAAGAUCAACGAGCCGCAGGACAACAGCAAUGAGCGACUGGUCACCAUCACUGGAACGGAGGAGUGCAAUCGUAUGGCGCUGUACAUGCUAUAUUCUCGUCUUGGUUAG